CAAAGCAUUCUCAUAUUGACAAAACCACAUGGAGGUGAAUCGGAGGGGGUUACAUCCUCCAUUUGUCAGGAAAGAAACUGUUUGGUAGUGAACUCUUUGAAUUUUUUUUCCCUGCAUGAAAACAAUGUUCAACUUCCGAAACUUUGCUAAAUAAGGAAUUGAUUUGAUUUGAAUAUUAUCAGCCUUGAAAAAUAAUUGGAGCACAGUAGCACUGUUAGUUAAAUAUUUAUUUCUAGCAGUAACCUUACCAGACAUGUUUCUCGGGCCAUUUUUCUCUCACUGUUUUAAAUUCAUCCGCCGUGGAGACCAAAUAAGUGAUUAUUCUGAAAUGUCAUUAAAACCCAACUUGACUGUCAAUCUUGGUUUGGGGUUGUCCACUAGGAAUAUUUUAAUCAAUAUGUAUGACCGGUUAUACAUUUUAAUCAGUGGCUGUGGCAAAAUCUAACACAAGAAAACAGUGGAAAAAAGUGUCCUGAAACUCUUACUGUAUCACAGUAUGCAUGUAAAAUGGAUUUAAUUUACAACUGGCAGACUCCUUCUGUACCUGACAGGGCAUUAAGUGCAGGGGCAGGAUAUUACCCCUGAAAGAAGCAAGCCAUGCAGCACGUCAGGAGGAAAAUGUUAGUGUUGGUCAGAAACAAUGCAAAUGAAUAGUGCAGUGGAAAAUGCAAUGAAAGGACAGAACUGAACAUGAGAUACAUGAAAAAGAAGCAGGGAAUCCAAGGGAUGAGAUAAGCCUUUUUGAAUUAACUGGUCAUGUAGGUACACACCUGACCAGUCCUGGCUACAAAAAAAAGCUUUUGAAUUUUUCCAUCAUUAUUGCUCAGGAAAAAAGAUACAGUUCAAUUAACACUUUUCUGACAAUGUGCCCUAAAAAGGCAUGUUGCCAAAUUGCCACAUGUUUGCUGCUUCUUGUUUCUAUAAAUAUCUUCAUGGUAAAAUACAUUUGAUAUUGCAGCACAGCGCAAUGGCACUCAGUGGUAGAAAUGUGUAAGUGCAGGACAAAUCCACGGUGCACUCGCAUAUAACUGUGCUCUGCUUUAGGAUUUGUGCAGACAGAGCUGCUGUAUCCCAUAGAACCCAUAGGAGAAAGUAAACGCUGCAGUUUUGCAAUACAUCAGUAGCUAAUACUUCCAUUUCAAACCCAAGGCAUACAGAAUGGAUCUCUCCCGAAAUACAUUUCAGUGAACUGGACCGAAUUUUUAUCAUCGACAAUACAGUGCUAAUUGCACAUCAUACCUGCAUCCUUCAACACAUGUGUAACGAUAUAUAGCGCGUGAGAGCCGCUACAACAGCGCGCUCAUCCGCGCAUUUUACGCACAAUGGAGAGCUUGCUGAAAGACGUGGUUCUCUGGCAGUUCAACGACUCCUGGGCGAAUUCAAGCAGGGGAAACGACAGCAGAGGAUUGAACCAAACAGUAAACCCUCUCAAGCGCAAUGAAGAAGUGGCUAAAGUCGAAGUAACCGUCCUUGUGUGUAUUCUGCUGCUGGCGCUCGCCGGCAACGUGUGCGUCCUUGUGGCUAUCCAGACGAGUAAACACGGUCAAUCGCGGAUGUACUAUUUUAUGAAACACCUGAGCAUUGCUGACCUGGUGGUGGCGGUUUUUCAAGUUCUCCCCCAACUUAUCUGGGACAUCACCUUUCGCUUUUAUGGACCAGACUUUCUAUGCCGUCUGGUGAAGUACCUACAGGUGGUUGGCAUGUUCGCGUCCACUUACAUGCUCGUGCUGAUGUCUAUAGACAGAUGUAUGGCUAUAUGUCAGCCUCUACGAUCCUUGCGCCGUCGUAAGGACCGUUUUUACGUUUUGGCCUCUUGGAUUAUAAGCCUGCUCUUCAGUUUACCACAGGUUUACAUCUUCUCUCUCAGAGAAGUGGGUGAUGGGGUUUUCGACUGCUGGGGGGAUUUUGUUCAGCCCUGGGGCGCAAAGGCUUACGUCACAUGGAUUAGUCUCACCAUCUAUAUCAUUCCUGUAGCUAUUUUAAGCGUUUGUUAUGGACUUAUAAGUUAUAAAAUAUGGCAAAACUUUAAGCUGAAGACCCGACGCGAUCAGUGCCUGUCUCUGACCCCGCGACCAGCCAAGGGCAUCGUGCUCUCCCGCGUCAGCAGCGUCAAGCUGAUCUCCAAAGCUAAGAUCAGGACGGUGAAAAUGACGUUUGUGAUCGUCCUGGCUUAUAUUAUCUGCUGGACGCCGUUUUUCUUUGUUCAAAUGUGGUCAGCCUGGGAUCCAAUGGCUCCAAGAGAAGCUAUGGCAUUUAUCAUUGCAAUGCUUCUGGCCAGUCUCAACAGCUGCUGUAACCCCUGGAUCUACAUGUUUUUCGCUGGUCAUCUAUUCCGGGAUCUCAUGCAGCACUGUCUUAUGGCAUCACACUGUGGCUGUAAGAGGCAAUGGAGAUCUAAGAGCCAAUCAAGCACUGGUGUAAUGAGGAACACGGGCAGCCAGAAGAGUGUGACACAGACCUCUACUACAUGAGAGAAAGCUGGAAUACCUGCAGUUCAUAUAACUAUCAUGGACUCAACACUAAGAUAACAUAAGCUAAGGAAUCAUUAAUAUGAUUUUUACAAGUGUGGUGCAGACCUCAGCUACAUUAGCCAUGCAAUCCUCUUCAGCCUAAAAUGUAUCUUUACAAAAGUAAUGCUUGACGUGUAGCAGUCAGGAACCAUUUACUGUACAUCUAUAUAUCCAUGCGUUCUCCAAACCGCUCAAGGUCCGUUCACACCAAGAAUGAUAAGUAUAAAAAUUUUGAUAACUACAUUAGCGUCCACACCACUGGACGAUAUAGUUCUGUUUAUUAAGUUUUGUCAUCAGCCACUUUAAAAGCUCAAGCUCUUUAAAGCAGGAUGGAUUCUGAUUGGCUGUCAUUAUUUUUGUUAUUCACCAUGUGGAAAAAUUUUUUUUUUCUGAAUGUGAUUCCAAUUAUAUUGCUUCUCUGUGCCAUUAUUGUUGUAGUUGUAGGACUAUUCUUUUAUAUUUAGAAUGAGUUUUAGAACUAUAUCUUUAUUGUUAUAAUUAUAGUUAUCAUCCUUGGUGUGAUCAGGCCUUUAUCCUCUGUUGGGUCACAAGAGCAGUUUACCUUUGUAUGCUUAAAGAAACAGUUCACCAAAAAAUGAAAUUUCUGUCACUAUUUAUUCACCCUCAUGUCCUUCUAAACCUGUAUGCUGUACUUUUUCUGCGGAACACAAGAAUUUUCACACAAUUAACAGAAUUUUGCUUUUGGAUGAAAUUAAUUCUGUUUAAAAGGGUUCAGAUAUAUAAAAGUGGAGGUAAUGGAGUGAUGCUGGAUGGAGAAUUCUCGCAACAAUUAAUUAAGCGGCUGUUUGUAUUUUGCAUGUAUGAGUUAUGAAGCUCCUGGUAAACUUACCAACUCCAUUAAACUGCCUGAGACCUGGUACAAAAAA